AUGCAUGCAGGGGGGGGGAUCUCUCCCCCCCCCGCUAGUCUACCGGCCAUGACCACUGGUCAGACCACUGGUCACCACUCCGCUGCACCAGCUACCUGGGGGCAGCUGCAGCAACACAGCUCAGCACAAUACCCCACACGAGCCCAGCAGGUCCAGCCAGUGCUGCUGCCUCCUAUGGGGGCGUCUCCAUAUGCUAUGGAUGCAGCAGGCAACAGGAUAGUGCUUGGUCAGCCGCAGCAGCUGCAGCAGCAGCAACUGCAGCAGCAGCAGUUGGUGCUGCAGCAGCAGCAGCAGCUGCCAGCCAGAGGAGCUUCAGCACGCUUCAACUCCUUCAAAAGCUCAGCAGCAAAAAGAAUAGAUUUUCAUCUCAAGCGGGGGAUGGGGUCGUUCGUGUUGCUGUGGACCUCUUCUGCUGUUCUUCUCUUUCUCUUCUUACAAGAGUUGGUGUUUAACUUCACUUCGUUCAAUGGCCGCUGCAUCGGCCCCGUAUUAUACCCUCCUUGGACAGAGCCUGAAGCGACCCGCGAGCCGAGGUUGGUGUCUUUCGGUUACGGCGCAUGCGAGUGGAAUUUGGGGCUGCGUGACGGCAUCUCUGCAGCAGAAGCAGCAGCACUAGGAGCACCAGAAGCAGCAGCAGCAGCAGCAGCAGCAGGAGCAGCAGGAGGAGCAGCAGGAGGAGCAGCAGCAGCAGCAGCAGCAGCGAGAACCACUCGUAUACUCUCUACCCUGGGGGCCCUAGACACUAACCUCAUUCGUAACUAUGGUGUGGGGUUUCUGGAGAUGUCUGUUGACGUGGUUUAUCAGCGCCAUGUCAGGGAACCUCCUCAGCGCUGUCUUCGACCCCUGCACCACCACUGUCGGCUCCUCGGGGGCUCUAUACGGCCUUUUGGGGGGUUUAGUACCUUUUGCAAUAGGCCUGGGCUGUCUACCGACCCAGCUGCAAGCGUGGCGGCGAGAGAACUGGGACUUUCUGCAUUAUCCUUGGUGUGUGCUGGGCAUCGUCAUUAUUGUUAUUGUGACGGCACAGCUCAACAGCAUGGGGGGUUUCUCUACAGUAGAUAA